CUAACAAACAGUCGCGACUCGCGAAGUGUGAAUUAGUGGUGGACGGCGUACCGUGUGAUGGUCGUGUUUACAUUGUGACCAGUGGAAUUGUCGGGGCUGAGGUGAAUAUGUUAUAGUAUUUUUGUUACUGGAAAAAUCUUGAGGUUUUUGUUUUACGUGACUGCGGUGAAGCAAAAGCAAGAUUUUGGCACCCUGAAUAUACGUACGUACGUAUAGUUCCAGGCAAAAAUGGUUCACCAAAACAUUAACAUCGGACUGGACAGCUUUGGAGGAGAUUCCGAGCGGCGUGAUGCUGAUGAGGGCCGCAAGGGCAACGUGACUUACGGCAUCGACGACACACCACCGUGGUACCUCUGCAUCUUCAUGGCUUUGCAGCACUACCUAACGAUGAUUGGCGCUAUAGUGGCCAUCCCGUUUAUCCUGUGUCCCGCGCUGUGCAUGGAGGAGACAGACCCUGACCGCUCCAACAUCAUCUCCACCAUGAUAUUCGUCACAGGUCUAAUAACCUGGCUGCAAGCGACUUUCGGCUGUCGGCUGCCCAUAGUUCAGGGCGGCACCAUCUCCUUCUUGGUACCGACGCUCGCCAUCCUGGGGCUGCCGGAGUGGCGCUGCCCCAGUCAUGAUGUCCUGGUAGCCAUGAGCGCGGAGGAGCGGCGCGCAGUGUGGACGAGCAGGAUGUGCGAGCUGUCGGGUGCCAUAGCGGUCGCGGCGCUGUUCCAGAUGUUCGGAGGCUACUUCGGCCUCAUCGGCUCGGUGCUGCGGUUCGUGACGCCGCUGACGAUUGCGCCGACGGUCGCGCUGGUGGGCCUCACGCUGUUCGACCACGCCGCCCACGCCGCCGCCCAGCAGUGGGGCAUCGCCGCUGGAACAUUCACGCUGCUGACAAUAUUCUCCCAGUGUAUGAGCGAGGUGAAGAUCCCCACCCUGGUGUGGAGACGACAGUCUGGGAUCACCAUCAACUGGUUUCCAUUGUUCAAGCUGUUCCCGGUGCUGCUAACCAUCGCGAUAAUGUGGGCGGUUUGUGGUAUACUCACCAUCACGGAUGUCUUCGAGGCUGGUCAUCCCGCGCGGACAGAUCUGAAGAUUAACAUCAUUGAAGAUGCACCUUGGUUCAGGGUACCGUAUCCAGGCCAAUGGGGCGCUCCCACUGUGAGUGUGGCUGGCGUGCUGGGCAUGCUGGCCGGCGUGCUGGCGUGCACGGUGGAGUCCAUCAGCUACUACCCCACCACGGCCAGGAUGUGCGCGGCUCCUCCUCCGCCGCUUCACGCGAUCAACCGCGGCCUGGGUACGGAGGGUCUGGGGACUGCACUGGCCGGCCUGUGGGGCUCCGGCAACGGCACCAACACCUUCGGCGAGAACGUCGGGGCCAUCGGAGUUACCAAGGUGGGUUCUCGGCGCGUGGUGCAAUGGGCCGCGGGUCUCAUGAUCGUGCAAGGGGUGGUUGGGAAGCUGGGCGCCGUGUUCAUCAUCAUCCCGCAACCCGUCGUCGGCGGCCUGUUCUGCGUCAUGUUCGGCAUGAUCUGCGCCUUUGGUCUAUCAGCCCUGCAGUACGUGGACCUGAACAGCUCCCGGAACCUGUACAUUAUCGGCUUCAGCCUGUUCUUCCCGCUGGUGCUGACGCGGUGGAUGUCGGCCCACAGCGGCGUCAUACAGACCGGGGUGACGGCGCUGGACGCCGUGCUGCAGGUGCUGCUGUCCACUUCGAUAUUGGUGGGCGGGAUUGUUGGGUGCCUGCUAGAUAAUUUAAUACCUGGUACUGACGAGGAGCGCGGUCUGACGGCCUGGGCCAAGGAAAUGUCUCUGGAGGCUGCUGGCGCUAGUGAGGAGGGAGACACUUAUGACUUCCCUGUAGGAAUGACGCUUAUAAGAAGGUGGAAAUGGACAUCAUAUUUGCCUUUCAUGCCGACAUACGAGGCUGGGAAAUUCACAGCACUGUUCAAGAGGAAAAAGGACAGCUAGAUUUGGUUUUAAAGCACCAUACGUAGAAAUCUCUGAUUCUAUCCAAGUUGAACCCAGUUGUUAUUGUCACUGGUCAAUAAAUAACCUUAUAUUAUCGUGCCAAAAUUGUGAAAACAAAGUCAUACCUACAGAGAGAGUGGCCAGGCUGUUUUUGCACUUUGCAGGCUCGACGGCUUAUAUUCAGUAUGGUCAAAGUAUUCUUAAGUGUAGAUCACAAACAUAGAUCAAGAUUUAAACCGCAUGUCCCUUCAUUUGUAUGAAAAUGAGCGUGACACUUUUUUCCUAC